ACCCGACACGGUCGGGCAAGCAUAUUAUAUAUAGAAGAAGACAAGGAAGCGAAAACAACGUGAAGUGCUUGCUUAUCAUCGGAAUGAAACGGCUGGAGAACCGUGCAUCAAAGUCAUCCGGCAUUUCGUCAUUUCGUUAAAUUUUACUUGAACAAAGAACCACUUCAUAGGCCACAAUGCGUGUCAUUUUGGCGUUCUUCUUUAUAACUAGCAGCUUAGCUUCGGAACAUUACAACAAUCCUCUAAGUAAAAAACCGGAACUACGGAUAUGUAGGUCCUUCUCACCGUUUCUAAACGCAUGCGUAAAGAAAAGCAUAGAAUCAGUGUGGCAUCACUUAGCAAAAGGUUGUUCGGAUGAUAAUUUGCUGUCUUUUGAGCCCUAUAAAAUGGAUAUUUUCGAGGUCUCUAACGAUCUCUUUAAUGAGAAGGAGAGGUUUACGGAAAUAAGCAUCACCGGUCUGACAAAAUACAAAAUAAGUGAAAUCGAGGUUUCUCCUACACUGGAACAAAUUAAAUUUGUAGCGUUCUUUCCAAUAAUCACAAUGUCUGCUGUCUAUGACAUAAACACUAGGGAUGAAGGAAGAAACAAAGAACCAAUGAGUGGGAUAUUUUCAAACGUCAAAGCCAUAAUCCACAUGAAUAAUAAAUAUCAUGAAUUUCUUUCUACAUUUGCGGAAGUCGCAGAAAAAUAUUUGAUUGUGAGAAAUGUCUCCGUAAAAUUGAGCGUAGACAAGAGCGUUACCUACGUGGGCGACCAAAGAAAGAACUAUGGAAUAGCGGAAAUAAUAAAUAACAUUGUGUUCGGGAGGUGGAAAGCAAGAAUGGACCAAAUAAAGUCCAAAAUUGAGGAAAAUGCUUCCGAAGUUAUCAAAAAUGCCGUGAAUUCAAUAUUUCACAAAUGUUUAGCUUAUUUCCAAAAUAAUGGCGUUGCUCUUUUUAUUGUAUCGUGACGACAUACUCUAAUUACAUUAUAACAACUGUUAAUCGUCAAUACUAUCAAUUGCUCCCAUAUUAAUGUUUUUUAUUAAGUAGGAAUUCAUGAAUCGCUCUUUUGUAUAACCACAUGUGUGUAACCACACAUUUUUCGAAAAAACGUUAGAUGCUCAUUAAAUGGUCACGAUUGCAAGCCACUGCUCUUGUGUGGUAAUCGGUUACAACGGAAAUCGAAUGGCAGUAUACAUUGAAAAGAAUAGCCCUUUAUUAUACCCUUAUCUUAAGAAAAUUUGUUUCCUUUCUGGAAAAAUCGAUCGA